UCAAACAAAAUUAUGGAGCCUCAAAGUCAGAAUUUGAAGACAGCACCAUCUUUGACUUUAGAAAGAUUUCAUAUUUCUGAAGAUUAUGGCUUUCUUCUUCCAAAUCCUCUGAAAGAACUCCCUGAUCACUAUAGACCUUGGAUGGAAAUUGCCAGCCGACUUCCUCACUUGAUUGGGAGUCACCAGCUUCGAGCUCAAGUGAACGAGAUGCCCCUCUUGAACUGCCAGUUCCUCACGGGUUACCGGGAACAGCGGCUGGCACACCUGGUCCUAACCUUUAUUACCAUGGGAUAUGUCUGGCAGGAUGGAGAGGCACAGCCCAAAGAGGUUCUGCCGAGAACCCUUGCCCUUCCCUUGGUCGAGGUGUCCAGGAACUUGGGGCUCCCUCCUAUCCUGCUUCACGCGGACUUGGUUCUGGCCAACUGGGCUACUAAGAACCCCGGAAGACCCCUGGAAAUCAGGAACUUGGACCCCAUUUUCUUAUUCCCUGGGGGAGAAAGCCUGCGUGGUUUUAUACUGGUGACUGUUUUGGUGGAGAAAGCAGCUGUACCCGGGAUUAAGGCCCUCAUUCAGGCAGUGAAUGCCGUCUUGCUGCCCAGCCCAGACUCCCUGCUCCAAGCCCUGCAGCGACUGAGGCUCUCCAUUCAGGACGUCACCAGAGCCUUGGGACAAAUGCACGAUUAUGUAGAUCCAGACAUAUUUUAUGCAGUCAUCCGGAUCUUCUUCUCUGGCUGGAAGGAUAACCCAGCAAUGCCUGCGGGGUUGUUAUAUGAAGGUGUCUCCAAAGAGCCACUGCAUUACUCGGGCGCGAGCGCUGCUCAGAGCACCGUGCUGCACGCCUUUGAUGAAUUCUUGGGUGUUCGUCACAGCAAGGAAAGUGCUGCCUUUCUGCACAGAAUGAGGGAUUACAUGCCUCCUUCCCACAGGGCCUUCAUAGAAGAAAUUCACUCCGCUCCUUCCCUGAGGGACCACAUCCUGUCCUCUGGAAACAGCCAGCUUCUGACGGCCUAUAACCAGUGCGUGGAGGCCCUGGCAGCCCUACGCAGCUACCACCUCGCCAUGGUGACCAAGUACCUCAUCACGGCUGCACCCAAAGCAAAGGGCAGGAGGACGAGCCAUCUCCCGGGGCCACCUCAGGCCUUAGAAGAGAGGGGCACAGGCGGAACGGCAGUUGUGAGAUUCCUGAAGAGUGUCAGGGAUAAGACCUUAGAGGCGAUCCUCCACCAAAGUGGCUAAGAGACUGCUC